CUUAACUCCGGCAGUGGGCGGCGCUGUGCGCAUCCGAGCACCAUGGAGGAUUACCCGGGUCAGCGGCGCCCGGGCCGCGCCGAGAGGCUGAAUGAGCGGCUGCUGGACGAGUUCGUGUCGCUGCACGGUCCCGCGCUGCGCGCCUCGGGCGUCCCGGAGCGGCUAUGGGGCAGCCUCCUGCACAAGCUGGAGCACGAGGUUUUCGAUGCUGGGGACAUGUUUGGGAUAAUGCAAGUGGAGGAGGUGGAGGAGGCUGAGGACGAGGCCGCCAGGGAGUCUCAGAGGAAGCAGCCCAAUCCUGGGAGUGAGCUGUGCUACAAGGUCAUCGUGACAAGUGAGAAUGGCGUCCAGGUUGAUGACCCCAACAGCAUCUUCCUCAUCGACCACGCCUGGACGUGCCGUGUGGAGCAUGCGCGGAAACAGCUGCAGCAGAUACCUGGACUCUUGCACCGCAUGGCUAACCUGAUGGGCAUUGAGUUCCAUGGUGAGGUGCCCAGCCCAGAAGUUGUGGCCCUGGUGCUGGAGGAGAUGUGGAAGUUCAACCAGACCUAUCAGCUGGCCCAUGGGACAGCUGAAGAAAAAGUCCCGGUGUGGUACAUCAUGGAUGAGUUUGGCUCCAGGAUCCAGCACGCAGAUGUGCCGAGCUUUGCCACCGCUCCCUUUUUCUACAUGCCCCAGCAGGUGGCCUACACACUGCUGUGGCCCCUCAGGGACCUAGACACGGGCGAGGAGGUGACCCGGGACUUUGCCUACGGAGAGGCAGACCCUCUGAUCCGGAAAUGCAUGCUGCUGCCCUGGGCCCCUGCCGACAUGUUGGACCUCAGCUCCUCUACGCCUGAGCCUCCCGCCGAGUACUAUCAGGCCGUCUUGGAGGAAAACAAGGAGAAACUGCCACUUGCCAUUAGCCCAGUGACACGUCCGCAGGGCCAUGUCUUCAGGGUCCACUCGGACGUGCAGCAGGUGCUCUGCCACCUCACGCACCCACGUUUCACUUUUACUGAAAGCGAGGCUGACGCCGAUAUCCUCUACCACUUCUCGCACUUCAAGGACUACAGGACGUUCAGCCAGGAGAGGCCACAGGUGCUACUCAACCAGUUCCCCUGCGAGAACCUGCUGACCGUAAAGGACUGCCUGGCCUCCAUCGCUCGCCGGGCCGGGGGUCCUGAGGGUCCCCCCUGGCUGCCCCGAACCUUCAACCUGCGCACUGAGCUGCCCCAGUUUGUCAGCUAUUUUCAGCACCGGGAGAGGCGGGGUGAAGACAACCACUGGAUCUGCAAGCCCUGGAACCUGGCCCGCAGCCUGGACACUCACAUCACCAACAACCUCCACAGCAUCAUCCGGCACCGAGAGAGCACCCCCAAGGUUGUGUCCAAGUACAUUGAAAGCCCCGUCUUGUUCCUUCGAGAAGAUGUGGGGAAUGUCAAGUUUGACAUUCGCUACGUUGUGCUGCUGCGCUCCGUGAAGCCGCUGAGCUUGUUCGUGUAUGAUGUGUUCUGGCUACGUUUCUCCAAUAGGCCCUUCGCACUCAAUGACCUAGAUGACUAUGAGAAGCAUUUCACCGUCAUGAACUAUGACCCGGAUGUGGUGCUGAAACAGGUGCACUAUGAUGAGUUCAUCCCCCAGUUCGAAAAGCAGUACCCAGAGUUUCCCUGGAGUGGUGUUCAGGCUGAGAUCUUCAAGGCCUUCACAGAGCUGUUCCAAGUGGCAUGUGCCAAGCCACCGCCCAUGGGCCUCUGCGACUACCCCUCAUCUCGGGCUGUGUAUGCGGUUGACCUCAUGCUCAAGUGGGAUAGCCAUCCAGAUGGAAAGCGGGUGAUGCAGCCCCAGAUCCUGGAGGUGAACUUCAACCCCGACUGCGAGCGAGCCUGCAGAUACCACCCCACAUUCUUCAACGAUGUCUUCAGCACCCUCUUUCUGGAUGAGACUGACAACUGUCCCGUCACCCGCAUCAUCUAGGUGCCCAGAGCCCUCCUGCCUGUGUUCACAGCCGGUUCCAGCCCCGGUUCAUGGAGCUGCUUCUGCGGUUCUAGCCUUCUCCUCUUCCUCCCUCCCCUACUCCCCAGUCAGAGCCGUGUUCCUGCUUCAUAUGUGGGACCAUGUGGCAGAGCUGGACAGGAAGUGGUGUCCCCAGGGCUGGAUGCUGCCCCUGGCACUCUCCACACCCCCUGACACCCUCUGUCCUCUGGUGAGGCUCCUGCUCAGCCAAGGACUUUACACUUAGCAUCCAGAGUUUUCAUACAGAGGGAGGGGUGUUCACAGAAACAGGGUUCCCAGGUUUCCGCAGAGAAGUGUUUGGGAACCUUGUAUCCAUCAGGGCCAGGGAGUUCUCUGCCCUCCUUUUUAGGGUGUCAGCACCCUGUGUUGUACCCACAGGCCCCAGAACAGCCAGGGGAAAACAUUUGCCAACCCAGCCUUAGGCCUAGGCCUCCUCCAGCAGAGCCUUCACCAGCAGACUUCCCGCCAUGCCUGCCCUUGGUGUUUCCCUUCCUGGGAAGCUGGACUGUUAAAGAGUUCCAUGCUAUCAGGCAUUGGUAGCCCACGUCUUUAAUCCCAGCACUCCGGAGGGAGAGGCAGGUGGAGCUCUGUGAGUUCGAGGCCAGUCUAAUCUAUAGAGUGAGUUCCAGGACAGCUACAGAGAAACCCUGUCUGAAAAAAACCAAAAAUAAAAAUAAAAAAAGUCCCAUGCUGGGAGUUCCACUGUCCUCUGAGGUGAGGCUCCAUGGCAGAGUGCAGGCAGGGAGGCAACAAGGCUGCUGAGAUGGCUCUGGGGAGAACUUCACAUGGAAGUCAGGCUGCCUCUUGCCAAAGCCUAGAGUCGAAAUGUUGAGGUUUUUGUAUAUGUGUGUAUGUAUGUGUGUGUUUCUCUUAACCUACGGAAAGAAAAUGUAAAAUCUAGUUCUUUAUUUUGUUGCUGGAAUUGGAAGUCAGCUGCCAUUGUUUCUGUGACUGCCAGGUGCCUGGGUCCAGCCCACUAGUAAGUGGGUCCAGUUAGAGCACAUUUCCAGGGUGCUCUGCGGCUCAGGAGGGUGGAGCACUGUGGUGGCUAUUGUACUUUUGAAGGUAAAUGUGACCUGAGCAUAACUGGACAUGGUUCAUCCUGCCCAUCUCUGGGCAUGCGGACCACAAGCUAGCAAGCCCGACCGUCCAUGUUGGGUUCAGCCACUGCUAGAGGCAGGACAGAUACUGGUGGUUUUGUCUCUGGAGAGUUGCUGGCCUCCCUGCCUUUUUAUACUGCAAUAAAAU